AUGAACGCAUACGACUUGGUGGAUCGCAUUAGGGAGUCUGGUGAUGCAGACCUGAUGGUUUCCUCCGGCCUACAUUAUACAGACCGAGUCAUUGAUCACUUGUGGUAUGAUAGGGAUGAGUAUAGUGGCAUGAGUUAUGACGAUUAUGCCCCUGAGGAUUCUUCUCAUUUAGCCAAAAAGGAGGCGAAACGAAUGGCCCAGCAAAGACAGCCAGGCGUACCAGCUUUUAUAGGUGCAUUAUCCAAGCAAAAAAACCUAGACAAUUCAAUGUGGGAGCUUAAGUGCCUCCACCAGUCAGGGAUCAAGAGCAGAAAUUCUAGAAUUGAACUAAACCAAUUGAUAGAGUCAAAUGUGGAUAACAAUGAAGCAAAAAAGAUGGUAUUAGUCAGAAAUGUACUCCCCCCCUUCAUAAAUCAUUAUCAUAGCGGUGCAAAUUUUGAGAAAUCAAAAAUCUAUGACACAAUUUCUCGUGACAAUGCACUCAACGAAAUUUACUCAAAAUUCCUAACUCAUACUACAAAUGUCAUUAAGGACCCUACGUCAGACAUAGCCCAAAUGGCCAAAAAGGGCAGUAACAUUUUAUUUGCGAUGAAGGAGGAGAAUGAGAGGAGCAGCGCGAGAAAUAGGUUUUGGGAGUUGGAAGGGUCCAAAUUGGGCGAGCUUUUAAACCUUAGCGAUGACAUUGUGGAAUCAGAUGGGGAAGAUGAAAAAGAAAAGGUCAACAACACUUUUGCACAGUUAAUUGAAUCAGGAGAUAUUCCUGAUGAGGAGAGCAUGAGAAAGAUUCAGAAGCAGCGUAUGAGCUUGCCCGUUUUCAAAUGCCGCGAAGAAUUAUUGGAUCUAAUAGCUAAGUUCCAGAUACUAAUUGUAGUGGGUGAAACAGGUUCGGGUAAAACAACUCAACUUUGUCAAUUUCUAUACGAAAGUGGUUAUGCCAGGGAUAAUUACGGCAUGAUUGGCUGUACACAACCUCGCCGUGUAGCUGCUGUAUCUGUUGCGCAGCGUGUAGCAAUCGAAAUGAGCGUUAAGCUAGGAGAAUUGGUGGGAUAUACCAUUCGUUUUGAGGAUCAAACCAGCUCUGCAACAAAAAUUAAAUACAUGACUGAUGGGAUUUUACUUCGUGAGACAUUGGUAGACCCAGAUCUCGAUCGUUACAGCUGUAUAAUUAUGGACGAAGCGCACGAACGUUCAUUAAAUACUGAUGUUUUAUUUGGUAUUCUAAAAUCUGUGGCGAGUCGCCGGUCAGAUAUGAGAAUAAUCAUUACUUCAGCUACGAUGGAUUCGGAUAAAUUUUCAGCUUUUUUUGGCAAUGCGCCGGUUUUCAAGGUACCUGGUCGUACAUUUCACGUGCAAAUAGAGUAUUUGCGUGCCAUGGGGUUUGACUACGUUGAAAUGGCAGUCAAAAAAUGCAUCGAAAUUCAUCUUAGUGAUCCGGGGAAGGGGGAUAUACUAAUCUUUAUGACAGGUCAAGAUGAUAUUAAUGCUACAUGCCAAUUGCUAGCGGAUAGGCUGUACAAGGUACAUAGCCAGUCGGCAAAAUCAGAUGAAACAAUCGACCCUUUUUAUGUAUUUCCAAUUUAUUCCCAAUUGCCCAGUGAAUUACAAGCUAAGGUCUUUAAGAGAUACAAGUAUCGCAAGGUCAUUAUUGCAACCAAUAUCGCAGAGACGUCGUUAACUUUUGAGGAUAUAAAAUAUGUCAUAGAUACAGGGUUUUGCAAGCUCAAAGUGUACAAUACGAGGAUUGGAAUGGAUUCGUUGCAAAUAGUACCUGUGUCUCAAGCUAGUGCCAAUCAGAGGAGUGGAAGGGCAGGGAGAACGGGCCCCGGUGUCUGUUAUAGACUCUAUACUGAAAGAACUUAUUUGUCUGACAUGUUUCCAUCCUCCGUACCUGAGAUAAAGCGCACCAAUCUUUGCAAUGUCGUGCUAUUACUAAAAUCGUUGAAGGUUGAUAAUUUGUUCGAGUUCGACUUUAUGGACCCUCCGUCAAAAGAGAGCAUUCUUAGUGCCAUGCUUCAACUCUGGGUCCUUGGGGCACUGGAUCCAAUGGGCGAUAUGACAGAAAUUGGUGCUGAGAUGGUUCAAUUCCCGCUGGAUCCUCCUUUGUCUAAGAUGUUGAUACAGAGCAUUCAUUUGGGCUGUGUCAAGGAGAUGCUGACGAUCGUAUCAAUGAUAUCUGCACCCAAUAUAUUCCACACAACGAAGGAAUCGGCACAGGAGGAGAAUACGACAGUGGAUGCUGCAAGGGAGAAGUUCUACGUGCCUGAAAGUGACCAUUUGACUCUGCUAAAUGUUUACAAUCAAUGGAUGGCAAAUAAAUGCAGUCCUGGUUGGUGCAAACAGUUCUUCAUACAAUUCAAGUCAAUAAAACGAGCCUACGAAGUACGCUGCCAGCUACUGGACAUUUUGAAGCAGCGAGACAUCCCGGAAAAGAGCUGUAUAAACGACUGGGACACGGUGCGCAAGGCUAUUUGCAGUGGCUACUUCCAUAAUGCAGCCAAGUUGAAGGGAAUAGGGGAGUAUUCAAAUUUACGGUCAUUCGCCCCUUGCCAUUUGCAUCCCUCAUCUGCGCUUUAUGGGAUGGGAUGUACUCCGGAUUAUGUCGUUUAUCACGAAGUCGUAAUUACCACCAAAGAAUACAUGCGCAAUGUUACCGCUGUAGACGCCGAGUGGCUUUCAGAAUUGGGGCCAAUGUUCUUCUACCUGAAAAGCAUGGACGUUUCUACCAGGGUACAGCAGGACAUUGAUAGGAUUGAAACUCUGCGCCAGAUUAGCGAAUUUACCAAGAAAAACAGGGAGAAUGACGAAUCUAGGAAACUGAUCGGCAAGGGAAAGCAAGAAAUUUCCGUAUUUGGCAAGAAACGCCGCCGCUAA